CCCAUUGUCUAUACAUAUGCAACAUAAUACUCCCAUUUCCAAAACACAAAAUUCUCUCAUCAGUCAUCACUCAUGAGAGAAGAAACCUUCUUUUUCCAAUGGCGGUUCAUGGCCUUUGGUCUCAUCUUCCUCUUCCUUCUUCCUCAAGCUUUCACCUAUGAUACUCCUCCCAUAAACCCGUGCUAUGCACAUGCUCCUUUUCUUCCUCCUAUCGCAAACCCUAGGCUCUUAAAAGCUUAUGCAGCUCUUCAAGCUUGGAAGUUCACCAUAACUUCUGACCCAAACGGCUUCACUUCUAACUGGUGUGGUCCUCAUGUUUGUAACUACACAGGCGUGUAUUGUGCACCGGCUUUAGAUAACCCUUAUGUCUUAACCGUCGCUGGUAUAGACUUAAACCAUGCCAAUAUCGCCGGGUAUCUCCCUAUAGAGCUCGGUCUCUUAACCGAUCUUGCCUUGUUCCAUAUCAACUCCAACCGUUUUCAAGGUCAACUUCCCAAAACUCUAAAAUGUCUCGAGCUUCUCCAUGAGCUUGACGUCAGCAACAAUAAACUCUCCGGCGAGUUUCCUUCAGUAAUCUUCUCUUUGCCUUCCUUGAAGUUUCUCGACAUUAGGUUCAAUGAGUUCCAAGGAGAUGUUCCUGACCAACUCUUUGACCUAAACCUUGACGCUCUCUUCAUUAACGACAACAAGUUCCAGUUUAGGUUACCGAAAAACAUUGGAAACUCUCCGGUUUCGGUUCUUGUCUUGGCCAACAUCGAUCUCCAAGGAUCUUGUGUACCUCCGAGUUUCUACAAAAUGGGGAAAACAUUGCACGAACUCAUUAUCUCCAACUCACAGAUAACCGGUUGUUUAAACCGGGAAAUCGGUAUAUUAAACCAGUUGACGGUUUUUGACGUGAGUUACAACAACUUGGUGGGUUCGUUACCGGAGACUAUAGGUGAUAUGAAGAGUUUGGAGCAGUUAAACAUCGCGCAUAACAAAUUUUCCGGCUACAUUCCGGAGAGUAUCUGCCGAUUACCAAGCCUCGAGAACUUCACUUACUCGUAUAACUUCUUCUCCGGUGAGCCACCGGCUUGUCUGAGGCUUCAAGAGUUUGAUGAUCGUAGAAAUUGUUUACCUUCAAGGCCAAUGCAACGGUCUCCCGCUGAAUGUUAAUCCUUUUCUUCUUAUCCUAUUGAUUGUGCAU